AUGAAGCAGCUGUGUCUGUGCGCGGCCGCCUCCUUCGCGCCCCUGCCCCAUCCCGAAGCCAGCAGUCAGAGGCAGGAGCCAGGCAAGUGCCCAGGGAGCCAAGACUGGGGCAAAAGUGAUGAGCGGCUGCUGCAGGCAGUGGAGAGCAGCGACCCCGUGCGGGUGGCCUCCCUGAUUACCCGCAAGGGACUGGUGCCCACCAAGCUGGACCCCGAGGGCAAGUCCGCGUUCCACCUGGCGGCCAUGAAGGGGGCAGCCAGCUGUCUGGAGGUGAUGCUGGCCCACGGUGCCAAUGUCAUGAGCACAGAUGGGGCAGGUUACAACGCCCUCCACCUGGCUGCCAAGUAUGGGCACCCACAGUGCUUGAAGCAACUGCUGCAGGCCUCCUGCGUGGUGGAUGUCGUGGACAGCAGUGGGUGGACGGCCCUGCAUCAUGCAGUGGCUGGUGGCUGUCUCUCCUGCUCAGAGAUGCUUUGCUCCUUCAAGGCACAUCUGAACCCCCGAGAUCGGUCUGGUGCAACGCCCCUCAUCAUAGCAGCUCGGAUGUGUCACACGGAUCUGUGCCGCCUCCUCCUGCAGCAGGGGGCUGCCGCAAAUGACCAGGACUUUCAGGGCAGGACGGCCCUGAUGCUGGCCUGUGAGGGGGCCAGCCCUGAAACAGUGGAGGUGCUGCUGCAAGGCGGGGCCCAGCCUGGCAUCACCGAUGCACUGGGGCAGGAUGCGGCUCACUACGGUGCUCUGGCAGGGGACAAACUCAUCCUGCACCUCCUGCAGGAGGCGGCCCAGCGCCCCUCACCACCCAGCGAGGAUGACUCAGGCGAGGCAUCAUCACAGAACUCUGUGUCCAGCCAUGAAAAGCGAGGGGCUACCAAGAAGCGGAAGGCACCUCAGCCUCCCGCCAGCACCCCCAUGCCGGAUGAUCGAGAUGCCUACGAGGAGAUCAUGUGGCUGCGGCAGGAGAGAGGCCGCCUCCUGCAAAAGAUCCGGGGCCUGGAACAGCACAAGGAACGGAAGCAGCAGGAGGAGGCAGAGGCCUGCUCCCUCCUGAGCCUGGAGAGACAGGUGCAGGAGCUGCAGCAGCUGCUGGCAGAGAAGCAGGAGGCGAAGGAGAGCCUGGGACGAGAGGUGGAAAGUCUGCAGAGCCGGCUGUCCCUGCUGGAGAACGAGCGGGAGAACACCAGCUAUGACGUGGCCACCCUGCAGGAUGAGGAGGGAGAGCUGCCCGACUUUCCAGGGGCUGAGACACUGCUGUCCAGGCGGCUGAGCCCAUCAGCACAGGAGCUGUUGGCUUCCCUCCAGGAGCAGGUGGCUGUGCUCACCAGACAGAACCAGGAGCUGAUGGAAAAGGUCCAGAUCCUGGAGAACUUCGAGAAGGACGAGAUGCAGAUGGAGGUGCAUGGCUCCACCGAGGUCAUCCCUCUGGCCCUAUACGACUCUCUCCGGGCCGAGUUUGAGCAGCUCCGGAGGCAGCAUGCCGAGGCAUUGUGGGCACUGGAGCAGACACAGGAGGCCCCCAGAGAGGGGGACAAGGGCAUGGCCAAUGCCACCAAAAACGGGCCAAUAGACACGGAGCUUAAUGGCAUCGUGGCUCUGGAAACCAAAGUUAUCAGAGGUGAGACCACAGAUGAGGAGGCUGCAGUAAUCGAGGCCACAGAAGCUACACCCACAGGCGCUGAGGCCACGGGAGCUGAGGCCACAGCAACGGAGCCCACAGACAUGGAGGUGAUGGAAACAGAGGGUGUGGGAACGGAGGCCUUGGAAACAGAAGCCACAGGGGCUGAAGUCAUGGAAGUGAAGUCUGCAGAAGAGAGAGAGAACGCUGAAAUGAAGACGGUGGGCGCCGAGGCCACAGGGGCAGAGGCCGCAAAAACAAAAGCAGAGGAGCCAGAAGCAAAGGCCAGCAGAGUGGGUUCUGUGGAGGCUGAGCUCGUGGGCACAGAGACCACGAACAUGGAGGCCACGGGAUCGGAGGCCACGGGAUCGGAGGCCACGGCCUCCGCUGGUCCCGUCCUCCACCCCGGUGCUGCUGAGGCCUCGGAGAAGCUGCAAGCCGAGCUGGAGACCAGGAUUCGCGGCUUGGAGGAGGUGCUCCGGCAGCGGGAGCGAGAAGCGGCGGCUGAGCUGGAGGAGGCCCGUGGCCAGCGCGAGGCCGCGGAGGCCGAGGCGGGCCGGCUGCGGGAGCGGGUGCGCGAGGCCGAGGGCGGCGGGGCCGGCGGGGCCGGCGGGGCCGGCGGGGGCGGCGGCGACGCGGUGCAGCUGCGCGCGGCCCUGGAGCAGGCCCGAGAGGACCUGCGAGACCGGGACUCCCGCCUGCGGGCGCUGGAGGCGGCCACGGCCGAGCUGGACGAGGCCCGGGCGGGCCGGCUGCUGGCCGAGGAGGAUGCCCGGGGCCUGCGCGCCGAGCUGGCCCGGCGGGAAGAGGGGCGGCUGGAGCAGAGCCGGGAGCUGCAGGUGCUGCGGGAGCAGCUGGCCGCGGCCACGGCCUCCGGGGAGCAGCAGCGGGCGGCGGCGGCCGAGCUGGGCCGGGCACGGGACGCGGCCGAGGCCCGGGCUGCGGAGCUGGGCGCGGCCUGCGAGGAGGCCCGGCGGGGCCUGGCACAGCUGCGCGAGGCCUCCGAGGCCCUGCGGCAGUCCUCGGUGCCGGCCGCCGAGCACCGCCGGCUGCAGGAGGAGGCCCUGGAGCUGCGCGGCCGCGCGGCCAGCCUGGAGCAGGAGGUGGUGGCCGCGGGCAAAGAGGCCGCCCGGCUGCGGCUGGAGCUGGAGCGGGAGCGCGGGGGCAGCGUGGCGCGCUCCGAGCACGAGCGCGUGGUGGGGGCGCUGCAGGCGGACGUGGCGCGGCUGGAGGAGCAGCUGCACGAGCUGGGUCGAAGGCACGAGAAGACCAGCGCCGAGGUCUUCCAGGUACAGAGGGAGGCUCUGUUCAUGAAAAGUGAGCGGCAUGCAGCAGAGGCCCAGCUGGCCACAGCACAGCAGCAACUACGGGGGCUACGCAUCGAGGCUGAAAGGGCACGCCAGGCCCAGAGCCGCGCCCAGGAGGCCCUGGACAAGGCCAAGGAAAAGGACAAGAAGAUCACAGAACUUUCCAAAGAAGUCUUCAGUCUUAAGGAGGCCCUGAAGGAGCAGCCGGCCAGCCCAGCCACCCCCGAGGUGGAUGCCCUCCGUGGCCAGGUGAAAGCCUUGCAGCAGCUGCUGGAGGAGGCUGCCAGGGACCACUGUGCCGUGGUGGCUUUGUACAGGAGCCACCUGCUGUACGCCAUUCAGGGCCAGAUGGAUGAAGAUGUGCAGCGGAUCCUCAGCCAGAUCCUGCAGAUGCAGAGACUCCAGGCUCAAGGCCGCUGAGGCUGGGCGGGACAGCUGCACGGACCACCCCCACACGGAGCCUGAGCCCCCUCCAGGCCCCUCCUGGACCAGCUUCCCCUAGCCCCAUGGGGUGACUGGGCUCCUACACUUGGACAGCAGCCUGGGUCCCUUUCCGACUGUCCCUAGGUGGCUCCAUCGCCCCACUUGACCCCUGCACGCCCUGGUCAGUCUGGGCCCGGGUCCUGACUGCUCCCUCCC